AUGAACUCUUCAAGCGUGUCAAAGCUUAGCAACCUCAGCCAAAGCAAUCGAGACACUAGCGAAGAAAGGAUCUUUGCAACGUUUAUAGGAUUCAAAGAUUAUUUUGACGCAGAAAAGGAGGACAAGCCAAGUCUCCGUGGCUUUUCUCAUUUCGACUUGUCUUUCUUCUGUUCUUGCUCUCCAAGUGACCCUUCCCAAUUCAAAGCAGUAUGGUCAAAAAGGUUCAAAACAGCCGUGCAACAGCACAAUAUUAGAAAUUAUGCCAAGCACCAACCGGAUUGGAGAACAAUCCAAGCGCUUAUUGACCUAAGAAAGGAGUCUCGUGUGGAGUCACCCAGUGACACGCCAUCAAAGCAAUCAGGAACAACGGUUUCGUCCUCGUUUUUGGACUUUGUCCGAAACCAACACCAGACGCUUAAAGGACCAAAGUGGAUUCUUUCCACUGGUACCUGCGUGGAGGACAAAAUUCUUGAAUUUGCGAUGAAAUGUCAAUAUGAGCAUGCUUGUCAUGCAAUGAUUAUAGAUGUGAAUGAUCCUUCUUGGUCUGAAUACUUCACCGGUGAUGAACUUGAAGAAAUCAGCAAUCACAAUAAUCCAGCACUACCAAAAGUGUCAGAGAAGGUCAAGAACCAUCUCGACCUCUUCCGCACCUUCGACGCAAGCAAAAAUCCCAAUGGCAAGGUGAGACAACCUGGGAACUAUCUAAGUACGUGA